AUGUUUUAUUGGAUCGACUUCAUCAUUAGCACACUUAGCACUGUCUAUUUUGCAAUACAAUGGUUUGUGUACACAGAUCAUUCUCUACCCGACUUGGAUGGCAAGCCUGAACAGCAAGUAGAACACGAUGCUUCGUUUAAAAUGGAGAGUAUUGUCAGUAUCGUCAUUUUAUGUAUAGUCCGAUUGAUCCAUCUCUAUUUCGCUUAUGUGGUGACAUGCUAUUAUAUAUCGCUGAAUCAAUCACAUUAUUCCAAAUUAGCAGCUGACAUUGAUGAAGAGUUGAAUUUUGCUGGAUACAACGAAAUGGAAGAUGAUCAAGAACAAUUUGUGAUUGAUAGUAUUGAUAGUAGGCCUACGGUGGCCGGUACAAGAAGAUCAUAA